AUGCACAGGAUUGAUUUUGUGGCACUACAAGAACCUUUUCUCUCUAGUGACCAAAUUGAUGAUUAUAGGAACAAACUAGGAUAUGACAAUGCAGUCUCAAAUGCUCGUAGUAAGAAUGGAUGCUUUUGGAACUCUAAUCUCACUUGUACUGUUAAGUCAAAAAGAAGACAACAAAUUACUUUUCACAUCCAUCACACUAACAAUGACAACAAUUUCUGGUUUACAAUAGUUUACGCCAGAAGUAGAGCCAUUAAAAGGAGAAGGUUGUGGAACAAACUUAGAUCUCUAAGUAGACAGAUUCAUGCUCCUUGGUCUAUUGCUGGAGAUUUCAAUUCCAUCAUGACUACCGAGGAAAAGUCAGGAGGGAAUCCACACUGCUUAAGCAAGAGCACUGACUUCAUCUCUUGCAUGGAGGAAUGUGGCAUGACUGAUCCUGGAUUUACUGGUAGCCCAUUCACCUGGUGUAAUGGAAGAAGCAGAGGUAGAAGAAUUAGCAAAAGACUAGACGGAGUUCUUAUGAACGAGGAGUGGGAUGAAGCUUUUAACUCAGUCAGGAUUGAUCACCAAUCUAAAACUGGUUCUGACCACAAAUUGCUUUUAAUAAGGUGCACUAACGACCGUCAGAAAGUUAUCAAGUACUUUAAAUUCUUGAACUUUUGGACUGAUCGGGAGGACUUCCUUUCCUUAGUAGAAAGUUGCUGGAACACCAACGUUCAAGGCAAUCCUAUGUGGAUCCUACAACAAAAACUCAAGGCGUUAGCUAAGAGUCUAAGUAGAUGGUCAAGAGAUACCAUUGGAGAUGUGCAGGAAAAUGUCAAACAAAUGGAGGAGAACACAAGACUUCAAGAGGAAGCUUAUGAUUUAGAUGACUCAGAGGAGAACAGACAGGAGCUCCACAAAUCACAAGCAGAAUACAUAAGAUGGCUCAAGAUGCAAGACUCCAUUUUGAAACAGAAAGCAAGAGUUAAAUGGGCAGAAGAGGGUGACACCAACAGUAAGUACUUUCACAGUGUCAUCAGAGAAAGAAGAAGGAAAACUCAGCUCCACAUGAUAAAAAAUAGAGAUGGUGACUGGGUAGAAGGAAAUAGGAACAUAGCACAAGCUGCUAUAGAACAUUUCAGCGAGAUUUUCUCUCAACCUAACAAUACCAGUGAUAUGGAAAUCGUGAGGAAAUGUGAAAAGUUGAUCACAGAUGCGGAUAAUGAGUUACUACAACACACCCCAACUAUUGAGGAGGUGAAAUAA